AUGGCUUCAAAGUAUGGAAAAGAAUUUGUCUCUGCAGCAGUUGAAUUGUGCCCUGACUGUGGUGUAAAUCGCUUGUUGGUUGAGAAAUUUUCUGCUAAAGCCCCUGAUGGUCCAACCAACCAAGAUAAAAAUAUUACCGGGACAUCCCAAGCGGAUUGUGCUGUUCUCAUCAUUGAUUUCACUACUGGUGGUUUUGAGGCUGAUAACAAUGAUCAUAUGAGAGAUGAUGAAAUAGAUGAAGAUUGGAAAACAUUUUUGGUUACAUAUACUGGUGAUGAUGAUGAUGAAAUGGAUGAAGAUUAUAGGUUCUUUUUGGCUACAUAUAAUUCUGAGAUUGAAACAGAUUGUGCUAGUAAUCAUAGUGGUGGUUCAAACAUUGGUAGUGAUGAAACGGAUGAAGAAUAUAGAUCCUUUUUAGCUACAUAUGAUCCUGAUGUUGAAAAUGACAGUGCUGGUAAUCAAAGUGGUGGUUCAAAUAUUGGCAAUGAUGAAACAGAUGCGGAAUACAUAUCGUUUUUAGCUACAUAUGAUCCUAAUGUUGAAAAUGACAGUGCUGGUAAUCAAAGUGGUGGUUCAAAUAUUGGCAAUGAUGAAAUAGAUGCGGAAUACAUAUCGUUUUUAGCUGAUCCUGCUGUUGAAAAUGAUAGUGUUGGUAAUCGAAGUGGUGGUUCAAAUGUUGACAUCAACUUAGGCAACAACGAUGUCAAGAAGGAAAUAGAAGAAGGCUACAAAUGUUUUUCAAAUCAAUUUGUUCCUGAUUAUAUUAGCAACAGGGUUCAUGUUGAUGAAGAUGAUCGGUUAUUAAGAAAAAGUUUUAGUGUUGGGAAAAGCACAUUACUUUCUAAUCAAGAAUUUGAUACCCCUAAAAUGCAACGUGUUGUUGAUGAAGAUUAUAAACAAAUCCUUAAUUCUGGGAGGGUUGUUGGUGGUGAUUUUGUCUAUGGUUCUUUUAUGAAUGCCAAUGACACAUCCAAUGUGAAAGAUGAACGUAAUUCCUCUGAUUCAGAUCUAAUUGUUUUGGAAUCUUGA